CGCCCACAUCGAGGAACUGCGCAGGGCAAAAGCGAUCCUUUAACCGGGGGUAGACAGCUACUGUCCUGGGUAAAUACAUUUCGGCGUCACAAAAGAUAAAACAUUUCACUUCAUUUCGUUUUAAUUCAGGCCCGUAAAUCCAGAAAUAAGGAUAUUAACCGACACUGAUCGGGUACUGCGUGAUUUCAAGAACUAGAAUUAACCCACAAGAGCAAGAAAUUACAAAAAACGAGCAGAAGUUCACCGAAGUUUCUCAGUAUUCAUCAUGGAGGAGAAGAAGGAGGAGAGCGAAGCGGAGAUCCACGAACACGGACCCGAACACUGGUUCUCCAAAUGGGAGCGCCAAUGCCUGGCAGAGGCCGAAAGGGAAGAGCCGAAUGAGGAGGCGGUGGACCAGAACCAGGAACAACUCUGGCAUCUCUUCCAGAAUUCCGCUACGGCGGUGGCGCAACUUUAUAAAGAUCGAGUCUGUCAUCAGCAAGGACUGUCAUUGUGGUCUCCGUUUCAGAACGCUGCAACAGCAGUGACUAAUCUUUAUAAAGAGAGUGUUGAUGCACAUAAGAGAAGCUUUGACUUAGGAAUCCAGAUUGGUCAUCAGCGACGUAAUAAAGAUGUUUUGGCCUGGGUCAAAAAGCGAAGAAGAACUAUACGAAGGGAAGAUUUGAUAAGUUUCCUUUGUGGUAAAGCGCCACCACCAAGGACUUCUAGAGCUGCCCCCAAACUGACUGUCCAUUCUCCUAACCGACCGCCUUCAUCGGACUCCGUUUCGUCUGUAGAGACUGAUUUACAGCCCUUCUGUGAGGCCAUAGCACUACAUGGUCUAAGCGGAGCAAUGGCCGGCAUCAGUGUCCGCUCAAGCACUCCCGGCUCUCCGACUCACGUCAGCGGCAGCUCAAACGCAGGGCGCAGACGGAAUGGACUGCACGAUGUGGACUUGAACACUUUCAUUUCGGAGGAGAUGGCCCUCCACCUAGGCAGCGCGGGCACCAGGAAGCGGACCUCGGUCCAGUGCGCAGACGUCAUCACAGACUCCCCAACCCAUAAACGCAACAGAAUGCUCUGAGCUCAGUUCUUGUUCUGUAUGCUUUGUGCUGCUUGAAAUAAAAGCCACUUAAUCCUCAACAUUUGCGUUCCCUCAGAAGGAAACAAGGAGCGCAGUACACUUGCAUAUUCAUACUGUGGAGGCUAAACGUUCCAUGCAUGUUGACUUGUUUCUUUUUGCGCUUACCACUAAAUGAAUCUCAUCAGUCAAGUGACCGCAUCAUGUUUUGAGUUGGAUGAUGCUGUCAGUAUCCAGUUUAUUGAAAAACAUAUUAUUAACUACGGGAUAACAACAUCUAAUUGGCUAUUUUUAGUUUACAGUACUUCCUAGUUGCGCUUCCUAUAGUGCCAAGCUAACAAAUUGUUUUUUUCUUCAGAUAAUAAUGUCCGCAUCUCACUUCCCAUCAGUAUAUUUUCACUUUUUCUUUGCACUCUCUGAAUGGCAGUUCUGUCGUGAUCAUUUUAGAAAUGUUCUACAUUAUUGGUCGUAAUUGAAACUGCUGCUGAUCUAAAUGUUUGUGUGAACUUGAGAUAGUUGCAAUAAUGAUUAUGCACUAAUGCAUUCAGCCAGACCUCUGUUUUUUUUUUUUUUUUUUAGGAACCAUAUAGACAUCAAAAGAAAUGCAAGGGAAGCGAGGCUUCUGAUUAAAUGGUGCAAUGUUGACAUUUUACAUUUCAAGGCUGUUGUAAUUUGGUUUAGGGGUUAGGUGAGUCUUUGUGCUAUAUGAAUGGCUGUCUCUGGAGAGCUAUACUGAAGUAGAGGAAAACUGUGUCGUCUUGAAAUUGAAGUGCCCUUUUAGUGCUUUUCAAAUCCAGGCCAGAGGAUUUGGAGAGCUGCACGUGUACGGUCCCGUUUUGUACUGAUGUACAGAAGUCAAGCUAGAUACUGACCCUCUUAGAAGUUGAAAUAUAUGUCACUAUGAGUCCUGGGGCGAUUAGAGUGUCUGCUCCUUUUCUCUAAUAUAUCUUAACAGUAUGAAUUUUCUUUUCCCCUUGUCUUUAUUUCUUGAUAAAUGAUGCUUUAUGUAGAAUGACCAAUUAGUUGAUAUGAUUCUCAUGUUGACACUUCUAGAUUAAUGAAUGUUUGGCCUUUCAGAAAACGCUGGUGGUGGGGAAUCAUGAUGUGGAGUGUAUGUCGACAAACCCCAAUCAAACUGCUUCAUGCAGACAUAUUUAGUCACAAAUGUUUCAGAGAAUUUGCUUUUUUUUUCUGUAAUAUGAGUAUUGGUUAUUGAUUUCAUGAUUAAUUUGACAAGCAUCUAAUGUUGAUUGCUCUAAAAAAGUGAUUAUCAUUGAUUGAAUUGACAUUUAAUUUAUUUAAUGGAAAGCAAAGCUAACAUUUUUUAAAAGUCUAGUUGGAAAGUAAAAUAGUCUACAUUAUCCAGAGCAUCAUAAUGAAACCACUGUUGCCAUUAAAAAAAAAAAAAAACAUGUCAAAGUUAUAGGCUAAGUUAUUAAAGUUACAUUUGUAUAUUCACAUCAAGUGUGUAUGUUUUGGUUAACGAAAACAGAAUGUCACACCCAAGUGAGCCUGGUAACAGCUACUUUAAUGAUUAAAAUCUUUUUUGUUCAGUAACAAUUUUGACAUUUAAAUAUCGACUGUCAUAGCACUAGAAUUUGCACAUGUAUGUAAUGCAUAUUUGAGAGUUUUGUUAAACUGGUCAGGUGACAGCCAGAGACACAAGUGAUUGCAAAACCUUCCUGACAAUCUAAAUCUUUAUUUGAUGUAAACCUAUCUAUAACACAUAGAUGGAAAAUAUUUCAAA